AAUGUUUAUAUGCUCAUAUACUUAUAUACAAUCAUUCUAUUGACUGAUUGCACUCUGGUAGAGAGAACAACACGUUAUGGUAUUCUACAUGGAACACGAAUUGUUGCUGAUCAUACAGAAGCUGAAGUCUUUUCCUCAAUUCCAUUUGCAGAACCACCGAUUGGCAACUUGCGAUUUGAAAGCCCAAAAGCGCUAGCAGCAGAUGAUAAACGAGUAAUCAAUACAACGGAAGUUUAUUCAUGUAUUCAAUCAUUUCUGCUUGAUGGAUUCAGUUCUUCUAUCCAUCAGUCUGAAGAUUGUCUUUAUAUGAAAGUGAUAACUCCUGUUAGACGGCAGAAUGAUUCCAAAUAUCCCGCUGUCAUUUGGAUACAUGGCGGAUCGUAUAGUGUUGGACUCAAUGAUAUGUAUCAAAAUGAGAACGUUAUUCGACACUUUACCUCAAAAGGGAUAGUCUUCAUUGCUCCCAAUUAUCGAUUGAACAUAUUAGGUUUCAUGAGCAUGGGUGAGAGUGAUUUUGCAGGAAAUUAUGGUUUAGAAGAUAUUUUAUGUGCAGCUGAAAUGAUUAAAUCGCUUGCGGAUGAUUUUAAUUUGGAUAUGGAACGAUUAACGAUUGCUGGUGAAAGUGCUGGAGCAGCAUUAGCUUCACUGUUAUCAAUUAGUCCUCGAGCUCAAAAUAUGUUCAGCUCGACAAUUUUAAUUUCUGGCUCAUCACAGAAUAUUUGGGCAAUUAGGGAAUCAUCGACCAUUGCAACGACAGCGCUCUGUGCACUUCAUUGCAGAUGUGCAAAAUCUUCAGCUCUACAGAUGAAAGAGUGUUUGAAAACGAAAGACUUGGAUUGUUUAUCAAGUUAUCAGAAAUAUCUUCUGAUUCCUAAUCAAGAUACAUGGCUAGAGCCAUUGCGAAUGGGAAGCGCUUUGUUCACACCUGUUGUUGAUAACUACCGUCAGAACUUAAGUCUUCUGCCAGAGCCUCCGGAGGUUUUGAUAUCCAAAUAUGGAAGAGGGCCUAUUCUGAUCUCUGUCACAACUGAUGAAGGGAAGAACAUAAGAAUUCUGAACAACUUGAUUGAAUAUACAUGUGGGAAUGUGCAAACCUGUACGAGUGAUCGUUUGAAACUCCUGAUCAACAGCUUGAUAUCAUCAAAUCCACAAGCUAUCCAAGAGCUCUCUCCAUUUAUUUUCGAAAAGUACUUCCAAUCCUUCAUUACAUUAUCGGAUAAUUCAACAAUACUUGAAAUUUCAAAUAUGUUAACAAGAGAUAUGACAUCAUCUGUAUAUCAUGAAGCAUUAUUAUAUUCCCUCAACAACAUUUCUGUUUAUACAUUAGAGAAUGAAGUUCACUCAUCAGAGCCAACAGCGCAUGGACACGAUACUUCCAGUCUAUUUGGCUCAGACUUGUUCCAUUCCGGUUGUGAUAAUUGUCGUGAACGGACACAAUUUGCUUCGAAAUUUGCAGAAAUUUUGACAACAUUUAUCAAGAUGAAGCAAAUUAGUGACUUUCAACCGUUUAACUCUCUUAACAGAAUCGCUCAUAAACUCAAUGAGAAUGGCAUAACAGUCAUUGAUUGGCAUACGGAAGAUUAUUAUUUUUGGUGGCAGACGAUUCGUUUGAUUCAGAAAAAUGUUUAUCGGAAACUCGUGAUGACGUGA